AUGGAUCACGGACGCGAUCCCUGCCCCUGGGUCAUCUUCAACGACUUCGGCGGCGCUUUUUGCAUGGGUGCCAUCGGAGGCACCAUCUGGCACGGCGUUAAAGGUUUCCGCAACUCCCCCUAUGGCGAACGACGAAUCGGCGCCAUCACCGCUGUAAAGAUGCGUGCUCCUGUACUGGGUGGUAAUUUUGGUGUCUGGGGUGGUUUGUUUUCAACGUACGACUGCGCCAUCAAGGGCAUUCGCAAGAAGGAGGAUCCCUACAACGCCAUUAUUGCUGGGUUCUUUGUCGGCGGCUCUCUUGCUUUCCGCGGUGGCUUCAAGGCUGCGCGCAACAAUGCCAUUGGCUGUGCGGUUCUGCUUGCUGUCAUUGAGGGUGUUGGAAUUGCCUUCAGCAAGAUGCUGUCUGGCGGGACGAAGCUGGAGAUGCCGCAGCCCCCGCCUAGCAUGGAGAGCGCCAGCUUGUAA